AUGGGCUUUGUGUUUGGCCUACCGAAGGAUUUGGACGGCAAAACUGGUAUUGUGGUCUUUGCUGACCGUUUAAGCAAGAUGGAUCAUUCAGCGACUGUGCCUGAUUCUGUCGAUGGUGAAGAUACAGCAAAGCUGUUUAUCGAACGUGUGUGUCGUUAA